AUGCCGAGUGAAGUGAAACAGAGGAAGAAGACGAAGCAAAGUGAUGAAGUGUCCGAAACGUCGUCUACGAAUAAAGAUGAAAAGAAGACGGAAGCUGGAAGCAACGCAGCAGCAAAUGCAAAAUCUUACAGUUUGGACCUUAAAAGCAUAAUGUGCUUAUUGUCGCUGGCAGCAUGCGGAGCACUGAGUUGGGUGGUGCUGCAACAGAAUGAGAGGUUUUCCGAAAUUGAGGAAAAGUACAGUUUUUUGCAGGGAAAGACUUCGAGUCUGUUCAACAUGGAGGAAGAGGUGCUUAAAGUUUCUAAAAAGCUUGCCGCCUCUCAGGAUGAUCUCCAGGAGGCGCUCUCCACCGUCACCUUGGCAACAAGACUCCAACAGGACAUCUCCACCCUCCACGCUGUUGUGAUGGCGAUGCAGGCUGAUGAGAACUCCGCCUCCCGGAACCUGCAGGCGGUCAAUGCUCACUUCCUCAACGUGACUGAGACGUGGCAGGUGCACCUCGCCGCCGUCACCUCCGACCUGGCGGCCCUCAAAGCCGAGUCACGGGAGGCUCACACCGGAGCCACGGAGCAUGUGAACGAGGCAGAGAAGAAGGUCCGUCUGCUGGCAGAGAAGUUGGAGGAGCUUGAGGACAGCACGAAGAGGAACGCCCGCGCUAUGGAGCGGACGGAGGAAGACGACACCAAGCGAUCCCAGGAACAUCUGGACUGGAACACCAAGCAGAUCCACAAGCUGGAGGAGCAGAUCAGCAGCCUGACCCGCAGGGAGGCCGAACUCAGCUCUCAGCUCCAGGAGCACAUUCCCCGGGCGCAGGAGUGUGAGGAGCACCUGCCGCAGGUAGAGGAGGCGGUGCGCUCCAUCUUGAGGCUGGGCGGUGACCUGAGCGGGGCGGAGAAACGGCUGGAGGAGGUGACGUUACAGGUGUUUGGGACUGAGGAUAGCAUGCUGAAAGCCCUCAAUGAAAUCCUGGCGAUCAGACAGGAGCUGGACACCCUGCAGGCUCAAAACAGCAUCCUCAAGAUGAAGAAUGAAUUGUCUGUGGUUAAAGAGGCGGUCCGUGAACUCACCAUGGUGUUGAAGGAAAAUAGGGUUGAAAGGGAAGCUGAUGAUGUGGAGGAUGAAGAAUGGAAAGAGGACGAGGAGUGGGAAACUGAUGAUCAGAAUGACCUAGCUCAACCUCAUCCUGAUGAUGUCACUGAAUGAUGUCAUUGUUUUCAUCUAGCUAGAGCUGCACUGUCUUAGAUUUUCUCUAGAUGGCGAUUUAAGUCCAGUA